AUGGAGGAAACUGUGGAAGAACAACCCAGUAGCUAUGAAAUUCAGUUUGCCAUUCAAGAAUCUCUGGAAACCAAUGCACCUCGUUAUACUGACAGGUUUGUACAACCCAGUGAGAUAAACCGGAAAAUUGUGUCUGCAAUAAAACUAGGGGAAAUUACCGAACUACAACAGUAUAUGAAUUAUAAAUAUGCCCUUGAUGAAGCUGAUGAAAAAGGAUGGUUUCCUUUACAUGAAGCUGUAGUACAACCAGUUGGACAAAUCACUGAAAUAGUUCUUGAUGCAUCAGGCAAAUCAUUAUGGGAACAGAAGACCAAUGAUGGGGAAACUCCUUUAACUCUUUCUGUAAAAGCUGGAUUGGUAGAAAAUGUCAGGGUCCUACUCGAGAAGGGAAUCUGGCCAAACACCAAGAACAGAAAAGGGGAAUCUCCUCUUCUUAUUGCAAUUAGGAUUGGGAAUUAUGACAUGGCAACAAUGCUCAUCAGUUACAACUGCAGUAUUAACCAACCAUGCGUCAAACGAUGGUCAGCAAUACAUGAAGCAGCUAAACAAGGGCGCUCUGAUCUUAUCUCCUUACUUUUGAAAAAUGGAGGAAAGGUUGGCCUCAGGGAUGGUUUUGGUGUAACACCGUUAGGAGUUGCUGCUGAAUACGGACACUGUGAUGUACUGGAGCAACUGAUUCAUAAGGGUGGUGAUGUCUAUGUUCAAGCAGAUGAUGGAUCCUCAGUGCUAUCUGAUGCAGCUUCUGGUGGAAAUCCAGACUGUGUAGCUCUUUUAUUGGAAUAUGGUGCAAGUGGAAAUGUUCCUGACAAAGAAGGCAAUCUACCCAUACACAAGGCAGCUUAUGGAGGUCAUUAUCUAGCACUAAAGUAUCUUGUUCCUGUAACAUCAAAACAUGCCAUCAAAAGAAGUGGCUUAAGUCCCAUCCACUCUGCUGCAGAUGGACAGAAUUUACAGUGCCUGGAGCUGCUAAUUGAAAAUGGCUUUGAUGUCAAUGAAUUGUUGGCUGAACAUAUUUCUGAAAAUUAUGAUGACAGAAGAAAAAGUGCAUUGUUUUUUGCAGUAUCCAACAAAGAUGUUCUGUGCACUGAGCUGCUGUUAAAAUCUGGAGCUUUUCCAAAUCAAGAUCCUCUAAACUGUCUUUUAGUGGCAGUACGAGCUGGAAAUCAUGAAAUUGUGAGAUUGCUUUUAGCUCAUAAAGCAGAUGUCAACUGCUACUUCAUGCAAGUGAAUCAUACCCAUUUUCCAAGUGCAAUACAAUAUGCACUAAAUGAUGAAAUUAUGCUAAGGAUGUUGCUAAAUAGUGGAUACAAUGUUGAAAUGUGCUUUGACUGCAUGCAUGGUGGCAUUUUUGGUGCAUCAUUCAAGUGGCCAUCUUCAGAUGUGCUACCAGGAUGGACAUCAUGCGUCAUAGAAGAUAGUCCUUUUUGUGACUUUGUUACUGUGUCAUGGAUGAAACAUCUGGUUGGCAAAAUUAUCAGAAUAUUUGUGGAUUACAUGGAUUAUGUCCCUUUAUGCACAAAGUUAAAAUCUGUUUUGGAAGUUCAAAAAGAAUGGACUGAAAUUCAUGAGAUUUUAGGAAAUCCUCGUCCAUUAAAACACUUGUGUCGGCUAAAAAUACGAAAACUCAUUGGACUGAAGAGACUACAGAGAAAAAAACUGCCUCUACCUCCUAUGCUAAAAUCAUAUUUAAUGUAUAAGGAAUAUGAUUUAUAUGGGGAAGGACUACAUUUUGAUAUGGAAUAAGCAAAUAUAUACACCUUUCAAUUUUUUUUCAAGGCAGUACUAAACAUGUUGCUUUCCGGGUUACUCAGUGAGGUAUUCUUUCUUCUGUGCAACGUCUCUAAAUUGUAAGCAGUAUAAUAUUAACUUGCUGACAUUUUUCCAGA